AUGUUUCGCUACUUGGUUCUGUUCUAUUUCGCCGGUCAGCUACACAACGCUCAGGGAAAUGCAAUUAACAAUGAUGUGGUUAACGACAAACAACUGUUAUUAGCAUUUGUUGUCAACCGGCACGGAGAACGAACGCCUGACCCUGAUGAACUGUCGCUUUCCAACGAAAAAGAAAAACUGAGGAGCCUUACGAGUAUUGAAGGGCUCGAAGCACUAACGAAUCUUGGCAAACGUACAGCCUUCCAAAUUGGAAAGUUCAUCCGACAACGUUAUGGCUCCGAAGGAUUGAAGUUGUUAUCAAACAUAUAUCUUCAAGAUGAGAUAUCACUUAGGAGUACGGACAAGGAGCGCACUAAAAUGACGGCUCAAGUCGCGAUAGCGGCAGUUUACCCUCCAGAAUUAGAUCAACAGUGGGACGAAGGCUUGGGCAAGGUUUGGCAGCCGGUUCCAUACACUGCCGUGCCUCUACAGGAAGAUUAUUUGCGUUUUUUCUCCGACUGCAAAAAAUUUAAGGACUCACUGGAGAAUGUUACAAUAGAAUCGAUUCAUGAAGAGUUCGCUGUGUUCAACGACCUGAUCCCUACGCUUAAAGCCCAAACAGGGCGUAACUUCUCUGAGAACCCACAGCUGUUCCUGGGAAUCUAUGAUUUGCAUAAAAGUCAGGUCGCCCUUGGCAUGGAUGUACCUCAAUGGGCUAAACCUCUUCAAGCUCGACUUAGUGAAGCAGCAAAAUUAGCGUACAGGUUGUACUAUAAGACGGAUGAAAUGAAAAAGAUUAGCGGAGGCGUUGUCUUAAAUGAUUUCAUCUCAGCUGCAAACGAGAUCAUAGCCGGCAAGACCGUCACGAAGAGGUUCCGAUUAUUUUCGGCCCACGACUACAACGUCGGUGCACUGAUGUACGUUACAAAGAUAACGAAGUGUGAGCAAACCAUGCCAGAGUAUGGAUCUCUAUUUGCGAUUGAGCUGUACAAAUCCAAGAGCAGUGGAGAAUUUACUGUUUUGCCGGUGUAUCUCCCAAAAGCCGGUGAGUCGUUUGCCCAGUACCUGCAUUUCACAGGCUGCGAAAACAACAGUUACUGUAAUUACAACCAUUUUGUCGAUCUUACCAAAGAUUACCUUCUACCAGAGAAGGAGUACUACAAAAUCUGUAACAUCAAGACUGAACUGUAG